ACCUUCCCUCUGCUCUCCGAAAUUCUCCGCCAAAAAAGGAAAAAAAAAAAAAAAAAAAAAAGGCCCGAAGAAGACGAAUUCCGUUCUCAGAGAAAUCCUUCUGGUGAAAAUGGGUUUCCCGGUGGGCUACACCGAAGUGUUCUUGCCGAAGCUGUUCCUCAACGCGCUCUCCUUCCUCGGAAUCCUCCGCGGCCUCAUCGCCUCCCUCUUCAACUUCCUUGGCCUCUCCGACUUCCUCGAGCCCGAUCCUGUGUUCCUCGAUCCUCCCCACCGGUCCCCCGACUGCCCGCCGGUCUCCGCCCUCCUCAUCCGGGAGCUCCUCCCCGUCGACCGGUUUGAGGACGGGGCGGACCCGCCCGGCAGCUGCGCGGUGUGCCUCUACGAGUUCGAGGCCGGGGAGGAGAUACGGCGGCUCAGGAACUGCAGGCACGUGUUCCACCGGAACUGCCUCGACCUCUGGAUGGACUGCGAUCAGAUGACAUGCCCGCUGUGCAGGACCCAGUUCGUGCCCGACGGGAUGGAGGAGGAGUUCAACCAGCGGCUCUGGGCCGCUUCCGGGGUCGCCGUUAACAGCGGCGAAGGCGAUUUCUACUGCGAGUACAGUUCAGUUUAGGAUGAGGAGGAAGAGAGGGAGAAAGAGAGAGGGGCUUGGCAAUGAGAAGUUGUGUAUAGAUGGAAAGGCUUGGGUGUGUAAGUAUCAGACUGAUCAAUAAGAGAAAAAAUUUUGGAUCCUUUUUUUUUUUUUUAAAUUCAGAAAUCAAAUCUCCUACAAAACAGAUACAUACACACACACACUCACA